AACAUUCUUUCUUCUUCACUGCUUUUAAUUUGUUUCGAUCUCCAAGGUCUAUCACAAGUUUUAUGCAUACAGUCAAGGUAAUUUUCUUUCAUUUGCUUAAUUCAUGACAUGCUUUUCUUUGCUUUUGAUUAUCUGCUACUGUUAUAGCAGCUAGUUUUGUAAGAUAGUCAAGGAAGUCAACUUCACUGCUUCGUUUUCAGUUCUAAUCUCUCAACACUUUUCAUCCCCUAAGUCAGCUAAUAAGAUCUGAAGCCAUGAUUUCCUCUACUGAUUAUCAACAGUUUUAGAUUUUAAGAUAGGAUGACCAGCAGACAUAAUCUACUAUAGAUAGAAAUUAAUACAAAAGAGCUACCCAGAAGCAAUAUAAUGUUGAAAUCUCAGACUGUUGAACAUUUUACCUCUUAAUAUUCUGUAAUGAACUCUUGCACACUUGAAUCUAGCAUUUUAUAUACAUUGAGAGCUUGAUUCUGGUGACCAGAAUUUCAUCAUGUUUCUGUCUGCCACCCAUCCAUAGCUCCAUCUAAUAAAGGCCAUUGCUUGAAACUUGCAUUCAUGUUUCCUUUUCAUGCUUACACAGACAUAUCAAUACUUCAUCCAAUACAUUCACAGAUUUUCAUUAUCUGCUACUGUUAUAUAUGAUUGCAUUGCAGGGACAUAGCAAUGGAGUACGUAGAGCCUGUUGUUGGCAUUGCAAAUUGUCUCGGAACUCCUGUUUGUAAAUACUUGCAAUAUCACAGAAAGAUGAACGAUUAUGUGAGAAACUUCAAGAGGAUGAGAGAUGAAUUGAAUUGCAAAAUGGAAGAUAUAGAGCUGCAAUUGAAAGCAGAGCUUCUUCGUCCUCUGGGGAAGAUACCAAAGAAGGGAGUUGAAAAUUGGUUGAAAGAUGUGAAAGAGAUGAUUAGGGAAGCACAAGUUGUUGAAAACAAAGUCAGGAACGGGAGAUAUCUCUGUCGUGCUUGCAACGGGAAGCUGGUUGAUGAAAAGACUCGAGAAAUGAAGGGAUUUCUUGAUAAAGCUCCUAAUGCCUCUGAAGGUCUCGCCAUUGAUGGUUCAAGUGCUGGGUUGCCGCUGCCAACAUCAGAACUAGUUGGAGAGGAAGCUGUUAGAAAUGAGAUUUGGGCAUGUUUGAUGCAGGAGGAGGUGAGCAAGAUUGGGGUUUGGGGGAUGGGCGGUGUGGGUAAAACCACUAUCAUGAAGCACAUCCACAAUGAUCUUUUAAAGCAACAAAGAUUCGAAAGGGUAAUCUGGGUUACCAUAUCAAAGGAGUUCAAUGUAAUGAAGGUACAAGAUGAUAUUGCAGGUGCUUUGAAGUUGAAGGAAGAUUGGCCCAGAGAAGGAGACAAGCUCAGACGAGCAGCAAUCUUGUCAGAAAUGCUGAAGAACGCAGGAAAACAUGUUCUAAUCCUAGAUGAUGUGUGGGAUAAAGUCUCUCUAGAGGAAGUUGGGAUCCCCGAGCCGAGUGGCAGCAAUGGCUGCAAGUUGGUGUUGACAACCCGUUCAGAGCAUGUCUGUAAGUAUAUGGGUUGUAAGGAAGCCCUUUCAGAAGAAGAGGCAUUGAUGCUAUUCUUGAAUAAAGUUGGACCUAACAUAGUUCAAAGUCCAACUAUAAUGCCUACUUUGAAGCUUGUUGUCAAGGAAUGUGUGGGUUUACCUCUUACAAUUGUCGUGGUAUCUGGUACCAUGAAAGGAGAAGAUAACCCUCGUAUUUGGAAAAAUGCACUCGGGGAAUUGAAAAAGAGAAUAGGGAAAGUGGAAGGAGUGGAAGCUGAGGUAAUCGAGCGCUUGAAAUUUAGCUUCGAUCACUUAAAAGACAAGCAAGCGAAAGAUUGUUUUUUGUAUUGUACAGUGUAUCCCGAAGAUUUUGAAAUUGAAAUGGAUGAACUAAUUGAGUGCUGGAUUGAAGAGGGAUUCAUAGAUGAUAUGGGUACAAGACAAGAAAUGAAAGACAAGGGCCUUACUAUUUUGAAGAAGUUAGAAGAUAACUGCUUGUUGGAAAAUAUUACCGAUGAAUUUUAUCAACCUGGCAUAAAGAUGCAUGAUGCAGUGAGAGACAUGGCACUGUCGAUCACAAAUGUGCUGCCCACAAAAUGUCAACUGCUCACAACCUUGUUAUUGCUGGGGAACCCUGUAAAGGAAAUCCCAUAUUCUUUAUUCAUGAGCAUGCCUUGUCUUAGUGUUCUCAAUUUGUCCUUUACAAAGAUCGAGAGUUUACCAAAUUCCAUCUCUGAACUAAAGAACCUCACAACAUUGUUGCUUGGUGGCUGUCAUGAAUUAAGAGAUCUGCCAUGUCUUUCGAUGCUUCAAGAAUUGAAGAAGUUGGUUCUUUCUGGGACUAAAAUUGAGGAAGUCCCUGAAGGCAUGGAUAUGCUAAUAAAGCUAAGAUAUCUUGAUCUUGGAGUGUCCACUCUGAAAGAGAUACCCGCUGGACUUUUACCAAAACUUGUUCACCUUCAGCACUUGAGUUUUUUUGUGAACAAUAAAAAAAUAAGUCUAAAAACAGAGGAGAUAGAACCAUUGAAGAAGUUGGAGUGCUUAACCGGACGUUUCAAAGACAUCAGUGAAUUCAAUAAGUUCAUCUCCUCAAUGCAACAAAGUAAGAAAAAUCUAAUCAAGUACUAUUUACAGUUGGGCUCAUAUAUUAUGGGUUGUGGAAGAGAUAAAACAGUAACAAUUGGAGGGGUCCACAAUUGGGAAGGUGAGUUAAUUAUGCACCCAAUUGAAAUUCAACAGUUGAAUAUUACUCACUGCGACUAUUUGAGAAGCUUAGUCCAUGAUAAUUCUUCCUUCGAAAAUGCGAUUGACUUGAGGGUUUGUAGGAUUUGGUUUUGCAAAGAGAUAGAAUGUGUUGUUUCCUUGUCCUCUUUUGCCUCUUCUUCCGCUCAUCCAUUUCAGAGCCUCGAGGUGUUGGAACUUCAAGCUCUGCCAAAGUUGAGUGCCCUUAUUAUGAAAGAUGCAGGAAUUGGUUCAGCAACAACAUCAACAUUGGCUCCGUCUGCCACCUUUUCCCAUCUUAAGCAAAUUGAUGUAUACGGAUGCUCGAGUAUGAAGACGUUGCUUCCACAAUGGUUGCUUCCAAACCUCCAAAACCUGGAAGAGAUAUCAGUGGAGAGUUGUGAUGAGUUAGUAGAAAUAUUGGGAGCAGAAACAUCAGAAGUUGAAGAAAAAGGAAGUGAUGCAUUAAUCAAAUUCCAUCUUCCCAAAUUGAGAGAAUUGAAACUAUGGAUAUUACCUAAUUUGAAGAGCAUUUGCAGCAAAAGUGGAGUAAUGGUUUGCGAUUCUCUCCAAUUUAUCUUAGUUCGUGGUAGCUGUAAUAAACUGAAGAGAAUUCCUCCAUUUGUUCCCCUUGUUGGCAAUGGGCAGCCAUAUGCAUAUGCUCCACCUUCUCUUAACAUCUUCUCAAGCACAGAAUGGUGGGAAUCGUUGGAGUGGGAUGACCAUCCAAACUUUGAAAAUGUUCUACAACCCCUUUGGAAGUUUAAGGUAUCAAUGAUUUAUAGUUUAGUUUAUUUUGUCUUCUUUUAUAAACCUAAGUUCUCCAUAUUAAUAAAAUUUCAGGUAAAUGUUCGGGAGGAAGAGUGCAUAAAAAGAAGAGCAUUGAGAAUGAGGCAACAGUAAAUAAGAAAUCAAACUGUCUCCACUUUUUAAACACUUUUCCUCAAAUACCAUUCCUUCUAUGUUCUGUGAUUCUUCUCUAAAAUAUAUAUUUAAAAUAUAUAUGUACUUCCCAAAAUAACCUUCUAUAUAUUCAUAUUUAUAAUUAUAACAUUUAAGUUAUAAA